AUGAGAGUUUGGAGCAAUGAAAGGUAUGAAAGUGUGGAGCAAAAGGCAGUAGUGAAUUCUGAGAAAGACAGGCUUUCCAUUCCAUUCUUCUUCAACCCAGCCCACUACACCAUGGUGGAACCCCUAAAAGAGCUGACAGAUGAUCAAAACCCUACCAAGUACAAGGCAUAUAACUGGGGGAAGUUUUUCGCAACUCGAAGAUGCAGUAAUUUUCAGAAACUUAAUGUUGAAAAUAUUCAAAUCUCUCAUUUUAGGCUUUCACAGAAAUAUGGUUAA